AUGAAUUCUCGCUUGAAUGAGUGCAUGUUGAUCUCUGACGCCGUCCAUUAUGAAAUGAGUAGCUGGAAGCCAAAAAAUUUCUGUCUUCCAAAUUCACCACUGCGAUUCCUUCUUCCCGAAUUGAGCUCUUUAGGGCUGGGCUGGCUGACCCACCGCAAAACCAAACAACACACGACGACUCACUGCAUUAAAGCCUUGUACUACUCACAAAUGAAGCACACAGAUCUCAUCCAGCAGAGAAUGGCAAACAAGACUCGCCUCCUCUUGACCUCCCUCCUCCUCCUCUUCCUCUUCCUCCUAGGGAAGAAGAGCACUGCAAGUGAACUGAGCUCAGAGGAGAGCAGGAGGCUGCUGUGGGCAGUGACAGGGAAGAAGUACAUAAGCUAUGAGGCCCUGAGACGGGAUGUGGUGCCCUGCACCAAGCCUGGAGUGCCUUACUACAACUGCCACACCCUCCCAAGUGCUGCAAACCACUACAGGAGGGGAUGCCAGAUAAUCAGUGGCUGCAGGAGCGACAGCCCUUAGCAAGCCAGUCUGCAAGUAAGAAUGACAGGCUUUAAACCUCUGUUUCAGGUUAUUGUAGAUGAUCGGUAUACAACAUAAAUGGCUGGCAGUGGAUUGAGUAUGCCUUUUCUUUUUCUUUUUGAUUUUAGAAUUCAUUUCUUGAAAAAAAAACACACUCAGUGCAUCAGAUGUUUCAAAGGACUUGGAUUAUUGUCAUUGAUCUCUGCAAUUUCCAGUUGUAUCUAAAAUUAAAAUAAGAAAAUCCCCAACACGGGGCAGCAGAUUUAUCAAA